AAGGCCAGGAGCUUCUGCUACCAAACAGCAAACGGGGCCCUCCCACUGGGAACGCACGUCCACCAGCGGGAAGAACCUCAAAAGAAACCCUUGGAUCUCUCAUCGAGAUCUUCCGAAAAGAAGAAAGGGAAUUUUGGCAUCCGUGGUCCUUAGCACGACCCUGCAGAGAUGCCUCCUCAGCUCCAAAACGGCCUCAACUUCUCAGCCAAAGUCAUCCAGGGCACCCUAGACAGCCUGCCUCAGGCGGUGAGAGCAUUCCUGGAGAGCAGCGUCAGGCUGUGUCAGCCUGAGCAUAUCCACAUCUGUGAUGGCUCCGAGGGGGAGAACCAGCAGCUGCUGGACCAAAUGGAAGGAGAGGGCAUGAUCAAGAGGCUGCAGAAGCUCAACAACUGCUGGUUGGCUCUCACUGACCCCAGGGAUGUGGCCAGAAUUGAAAGCAAGACAGUCAUCAUUACCCAAGAGCAAAGAGAUACCAUGCCCAUCCCCAAAACUGGCCUCAGCCAACUAGGUCGCUGGAUGUCAGAGGAGGACUUUGAGAAAGCGUUCAAAGCCCGAUUUCCAGGGUGCAUGAAAGGUCGCACCAUGUACGUGAUCCCAUUCAGCAUGGGGCCCCUGGGCUCACCACUGUCGAAGAUCGGCAUCGAGCUGACGGAUUCACCCUACGUGGUGACCAGCAUGCGCAUCAUGACACGGAUGGGCACAGCCGUCCUGGAAGCUCUGGGGGACGGGGAAUUCGUCAAGUGCCUCCAUUCUGUGGGAUGCCCUUUACCUUUAAAAAAGCCUUUGGUGAACAACUGGCCGUGUAACCCAGAGCUGACACUCAUCGCGCACCUGCCUGACCGCAGGGAAAUCAUCUCCUUUGGGAGUGGGUACGGCGGGAACUCGCUCCUUGGGAAGAAGUGCUUUGCCCUCAGGAUGGCCAGCCGGCUGGCUAAGGAAGAGGGUUGGCUGGCGGAACACAUGCUGAUCCUGGGCAUAACCAGCCCCAAGGGCCAGAAGAAGUACUUCGCAGCAGCCUUUCCCAGUGCCUGUGGCAAGACCAACCUGGCCAUGAUGAACCCCAGCCUCCCUGGGUGGAAAAUAGAGUGUGUGGGUGAUGACAUCGCCUGGAUGAGAUUUGACCAACAAGGUAACUUAAGGGCUAUCAACCCAGAAAAUGGCUUUUUUGGUGUGGCUCCCGGAACCUCUGUGAAGACCAACCCCAACGCCAUCAAGACCAUCCAGAAGAACACCAUCUUCACCAAUGUGGCCGAGACCAGUGAUGGGGGCAUUUACUGGGAAGGUAUCGACCAGCCGCUAGCCCCAGGCAUCAGGAUCACUUCGUGGAAGAACAAGGAGUGGACCCCCCAGGAUGGGGAACCUUGUGCCCAUCCCAACUCACGCUUCUGCACCCCUGCCAGCCAGUGCCCCAUCAUUGACCCCGCCUGGGAGUCUCCGGAAGGGGUGCCCAUUGAGGGCAUCAUCUUUGGGGGCCGCCGACCUGCUGGUGUCCCCCUGGUCUAUGAAGCUCUCAGUUGGCAACACGGAGUUUUUGUGGGGGCGGCCAUGCGAUCAGAGGCCACAGCGGCUGCAGAACACCAAGGCAAGGUCAUCAUGCACGACCCCUUUGCCAUGCGGCCCUUCUUUGGCUACAACUUUGGCAAAUACCUGGCCCACUGGCUCAGCAUGGCCCAGCGCCCAGCAGCCAAGCUGCCCAAGAUCUUCCAUGUCAACUGGUUCCGGAAAGACAAGGAAGGCAAAUUCCUCUGGCCAGGCUUUGGUGAGAACUCCAGGGUGCUGGAGUGGAUGUUCAACCGCAUCAGUGGGGAAGCCAGCGCCAAGCUCACGCCCAUCGGCUACGUCCCCGAGGAGGGGGCCCUGAACCUGACAGGCCUGGGGGACAUCAACACGAAGGAGCUCUUCCACCUCUCCAAGGAGUUCUGGGAGAAGGAGGUGGAAGACAUCCAGAAGUACCUAGAGGAGCAGGUUAACACCGAUCUCCCCUGUGAAAUCGAGAGAGAGGUCCUUGCCCUGAAGCAAAGGAUCAGCCAGAUGUAAUCAGACCCAAGGGCUUCACCUGUGAAAUCACCCCCCUCUCCAGUCCAUGAGAGAUGCUGGGAGGAAGAGCGAGUGGGACGUCCUGAACCGACACCACCCGUCCUACUGUAAUGACCACAUGGAUGAGCAGAUUCAGGUUUCAGAUAAGACCACAGAGUAUAGGCUAGUAACUGUGAGAUCAGGGAGGGAAAUCUUAGCAUGUCUCCAAAAUUCACUCUCCAAUGCACAUUUGUUCAACCCCGAAGACACUAUGCAUUAGACUUUUUUUUUUUUAUCACUGUAGCUCUAUCAGUUAGCUGGAAUGCACCGAUAAAAUACUUGAGCUGUAUAGAUGGGUGUGUGAAUGUGUGUGUGUGUGUGUGUGUGUGCGCGUGUGUGUCUGUAUUUCUUGUUAUCUAAGAUGUAUAUAAUACCUUUGGAAAAAUCUUGGGCAAGAUUCUCCACUAGUUGUUGCUAGAAAGAAAGGUUGCUUUAUUAUUAAUAUGUGUGUUUAAAUUAUUUUUAUAUGCCCUUGUUACUUACCUUGAUGUAAUUCCAAUUUUUUCCCCUAACUCUUCUUGGAAAAAUUACAAAAUAAACUUUUGUAGAGAA